AUAUCCGCCUCAGUGUCACCCGGAUGUGAAUCUUAGCAGGAACACAUGUUGCUGCAAACAUUGGUCGUGUCGCCUCUGAAAUGGACUUGAAUAUGAAGAAAACCAGCUCUCGGGCUUUGCUGUCGUGCGGGAACGGAGAAGGUCUGAGUGAGAAGCUCCUCCUCAAGCCGAAGGCUGGCAGGUCCCUGCAGACGGAGAGAGUCCCGAGGAGCAGCGUGUUGGAGCGGCUGCAGAGCUUCCUGCCCCAGAUGGCCGCGGCCAACGAGAAGCUGAAGCAGCAGAUGGACGACGCUCCAGCCGGACGCUUUGACAUAGAGGACGUGGGGGGGGCGGAGAGGGUCAUAGAGAUGGACGUGGCGCUGGUGGAGCUCAGCGACUCCGAAGAUGACGACGAGCAGACUUCGGAGGAGGAGGAGGAUGAGGAGUCAGACUCCGAUGAGGGGAGCGAGGUCACGGAGCAGAGCCUCAUAUUACCCGGUGACAAAGGCAAGAAGAAGAAAGUCAACAUCCAGGUUAUCCAUCAGCAGGGAGAGUAGGGAGAACUGUCCGACCAACCUGACGACGUAUUUGGCUUCUUUUGGUCCUUUCCUCUUGAGGUGAAGUGGACCAAACUGACCCGAACAUGCGCAGGGUUUUUACUCCACAAACGCCAAGAAAAGGACGUUCCUGUGUGGGGGCACAGGUCUUUCCCCGUAACCAUAGGAACGUCUGUAGAUAUUAUUUAGUACAUGUUAAGGGUACGGAGCCAGAAGAGACGCUGUGGUGAUCUCAUUGAGCCUGAUGUGAUUGGACACCCCCCCCCCCCCCAUCUGUUUAGGUGACGGACUUUACUUGCAUGAGGCACAGUUCUGAUCUGCUGAAGAUGGGCAACUAGAAGCGCUCGGUCCACAUGGACGGAUUCCUCUGACCUGAUGGCACUGAGAGGACCAUUCAAUACCACGUUGUCUGGUUCACUUGUGAUGCGUCGUACCAUUUCAGUUAAAAAAUACCUCUUUUGUUCAUUAUGUUACAUUCAAAUCAUCAUGUCAGUAUUUUGCUACUGGUGCCUUUUUUCAAAUUUAUUAAAACUAUUUUGUAUUUACAUCAUGUGUUCAUUUAGGGAUCCAGAUGCUUGGCCAUGAGGUUGAGUAGGGAUGUACCCAACGCUUUAAUUCUUCAAAGCUUCUUAAUCAACAUUUGGAUGUUUGAUAUUUUUUGCGUCCAUUCAACGUGCACAGUUUGUAUUUGUGGGUUUACAUUGUGUGAGGGUUUUUCUGUGAAGUUCUGAAAAUGAACACCCACCUGUUGAUAUGCACUUUGAAUGAAAGGUUUUCUGGGUGUUACUAUAAUCUUAUUUAGUAACAUUCAGAAAGUUGCAGUGUUCUUCUCAACAGCUUUUAAUCAAUACCUCAAAGAUGCAAAUUACUCCUUAAUUCAUUGAUAUAAAUAAAGUAAUGCCUAUUUGAUCGUCUGUAUUCCAUUAAUGAGUAUUUUAACAGAGACUAAUCAUUUAAUUUCAACACUAAAUUUAAUGUUUUGGCCCCAAAAGAAAAAUUAAUUAGUUACAUUCAAGGGGAUUAAACUAUUUGGCCUCAAAAUACAAUCUGAUUUUGACAUUGUUUUACGGUUCAUGUGUUGAAGAAAAUAAAGUGGUUUUAUCUAGUUCAAAAUAUA